AUGGAACAGUUUGUCAAAGGAUUGCCGUAUCCGUACGAGGAAGCUUGCAAAGAAAUCGUUCGACGUCGAAAUUCUUACGAGUCAGCCGACAAGCUUGUUCGUCAUGCAAUUCAUGUGCAACUUCUUCAAACUUAUCACUUUGACCAGCAGAAUGGGAUUCUUGUAAAUUGCAAGGAAUGCUCCAUUCAUCUGGCAUGGAAGCUGUACAAAUCGAAGCUCGGAGUUGAAGAUACCGAUAACUGGGAGGCAAAGAUAAACUUAUAA